UAUAUUUUUUUUUGCCGAAAAACUUUUUAAUAUUAUUAUUUCAGCAAAUUUCAUUUUUUUUUCAUUCUUAUUCUCAGGAUCGGACCACAGUAUGUUGAUCUCAUCUUGCUGUAAGGUCAGGUCCCUCCGACGCCAUUUUCUUCCACCCUCACCCCCAAUCAGUGAGAUUUUUAAUCAACCCAGAGAGAGAUUUCCAAUUAAUCAGAGUUUUCGGAUAUCCAAAAAGGGUUGGUUCAUUAUCAUAGCAUUGGAUCAGCAUCAGUUCUUCUGAAUGGAAUAGGCUCUCAAAGACUUGCAGUUCAUAAUUUUCUACUCAAGCUAAUAAUAUUUACAGCACAGUAUUUGGAUUACCAUGGAUGCUAGCAUUAGUGAGAGACCAUCUCAAACUCCACCAAAAUGGAGAAAAGUUGCAUAUGGAGGGAUGCAACCUGGGUUUGAUGACAACCAUACUGAUGACUCUUUUCUUGAAAAAAUGGUCAUGAAUGCCAAUGUUGUGAAAAGGAACUUGCUAAAAGUGAUGCAGGAUUCAGUUUCCAUCUCUCAGUAUUUGUGCAUUGUUGCACUUGUUGGCCUGGUUUGGACCUAUACCCUUAGAUCAACUCUUGAUGAAAAUUCACUCUUGUUUCUUAAUGUUAGUCUUCUUGGAUUGGGCUUCAUGGUUGUUAUGUUAACUGGAGGAAUGCUUUCGCUCAAUCUUUUCUCACAUUAUUUACUCAAUAUAUCUUUUUUCACCACCGGCUUGUAUAUUCUAGCUCCCAUCUUUCACACCCUUACUAGGUCAAUCAGCUCAGACUCCAUUUGGGCGGUAACCGUGUUACUUCUUCUGCUCCAUCUAUUUCUCCACGAUUACUCAGGAUCCACUGUAAGAGCUCCAGGGGCUCUUCAGAAUCCUACCUUAACGAGCUGCAUCUCUUUAAAUUCUUCUGUUGUGGCCUCGGUUUUUUUUGCUUCUCGUCUCCCAUCGAGGCUUCAUGUGUUUGCUAUUAUGUUAUUCUCCCUACAGGUCUUCCUUUUCGCUCCGUUGGUGACUUACUGCAUUAAGAAAUACUCCUUCCGCUUGCACCUCUUGCUUUCAUUUUGCCUGAUGACUCUAACACUGGGGUUUGUCUAUACGCUGCACAGCUUGCUUUUUGUGAUGUUCCUGGGUUUACUGGUUUUUGUAAAUGUAGUUUGCCCAUAUUGGCUAAUACGAAUUCAGGAAUACAAGUUUGAGAUCAAUGGUCCUUGGGAUGAGGCUAAACUUUGUUUUGAUAUAACAGAUUGACUAUUUUAGUGCCUUCUUGAAAA